AUGGUCGAGGGCCCCGACGACCUUUUCUUUGGACACGAGGCCGAAGACGACUCCACGUUGGGAAUCUCCGAUGAGGAAUAUGAGGGGAUCCUCGGGAUGGUUGAGGAAAAAACCCUCGCCAGGGGCGGCUGUGAGGACGAAGAGGAAGCUGGUGGGGGAGACCAGCAGGAGCCAAAGGAGGUCAGCAUGAACAUGGUCUUGGUACUACCGUCCGAGUUUUCAGCCCCAGGAGGCCAGACCAACGGCCUGGAUAAUGACUUGGCCGAGGAGCAGCUUGAUCAAAGGCCAAAAACAAAGGAAGAGUUAUUGGCCGUGGCUUUUAACGAGGUAAUACCCAGAGACAAGCUAAACAAAUACCAACACCUCAAGCCGUUGUACAUCUCGGCUCAUGUAGAGGGUGUGCCCGUGUCCAAGGUCUUCGUUGACUGUGGGGCGACAGUCAAUAUCCUUCUGUAUUCCCUGAUGAAGAAGCUGGAUAAGUCAAAAGAGGACCUCAUCCCCAGCGACGUGGUCAUGAGCAGCUUUGUUGGCGAUAAAUCUAAGACCAUCGGGGUAAUGCUGUUAAAAAUCACCGUGGUCGACCAGACAAGAGUCGCGGCCUUCUACGUAGUCGAAUCCAGUGUGGGCUACAAUAUAUUGCUCGAUCGUGAUUGGAUGCAUACCGUCCUCCCUCUUCCAACUGUUGUUCUUUUGGGACGACCAGAGGGUAUCCAUGCUCCCGGCUGA